AUGUUCCUCAUCACCAUGACUGGCAACUUUCUCGUCAUCAUACUUGCAACCACUGACCCUGCUUUGCACACCCCCAUGUACUAUUUUCUCAAAAACCUGGCGUUGAUCGAAAUUCUCUUUACACUGAACAUAGUGCCCAAGAUGCUGGUGGAUUUGCUGUUGGAGAGGAGAGUCAUCUCUUUUGCUGCCUGUGCCCUACAACUUUACUGUGUCAUAUUCUUCAUCACCUCAGAGUGUUUCCUUUUGGGUGCCAUGGCGUAUGACCGAUACGUGGCCAUCUGCCAGCCCUUGCACUACACCAUCACGAUGAACAGGAGAGUGUGUCUUCACAUGGUCAUAGCGUGCUGGGUUGCUGGCAUCCCAGUUUCUGCAGGACUCACUGCUUGGUUGUUCAGCUACCCCUUUUGUGGCUCAAAGGAGAUUGAACAUUUCUUCUGCGAUAUUCCACCCGUUCUGCACCUGGUCUGCUCAGACACCUCCUUAUUUGAGCUUCUCGUGUUCAUAGCCACUGUUAUCAUUGUUCUGAUCCCAUCUGCCUUGAUAGCAGCCUCUUACAUCCAGAUAAUCCAUACCAUCCUUCAAAUGCCAUCUGCCCAAGGAAGGCGCAAAGCUUUUCUCACCUGCCUCGCUCACCUGGUGGUGGUGACCCUGUUCUACUGCACAACCGGUCUGAUACAUUUACAGCCCAGUCUCCUGGCAAAGAGGAGGAAACUGGUGGCUCUUUCUUACACAGUGGUCACUCCUAUGCUGAACCCAAUCAUCUACAGCUUACGGAACAAAGAAGUGAAGCAUGCUCUGAGAAAGACGUUUGGGAGGAGACAGUUCUUCAGCAAGGUGCCUCUGCAAGGCACAUCUCACUGA